AUGAUUUGUUAUUCUUUGCCUGAGAUGAAACAAGGAUCUGUUUACCGACUCAACAACUUCUACGGUUUGAAAAACAAACCGAUGUAUCGGGUUGCUGAUCAUAUCGCAACCGUGUCUUUCACGUGGAACUCUGAGAUGUCGGUUCUUCACGAGGUUCCCAUCUCAUUUGAUGAAGGCCGUUUCAGGUUUCAUUCAUAUGAAGAUUUUGAAGCUAACUGUGAUCUCAAAGGUGACCUCUACGAUGUUGUUGGCCACAUGAAGUUGGUCAAUGGACAGACCCUUAUUGAGCGUCCCAUCCUUGACGAAGUGGAGAUAGCAGCCUCUCGGCGCAUUAUGGUGCAUGUGCAAUCACAUGAUGGGCCUGUGAUGAAGCUCUACCUUUGGGACCAUGCUGCAACCGACUUUUGCAAAAAGUUUAAUUCCUAUGAAAACACUCCCAUAGUGCUUUUGGUCACGACUGUUAACACCAAACGUCUCAGAGGUACCCUUGCCCUGACCUCUAUGUCCUCCACACGGCUCUUCAUGGACUAUGACGUCCAACCAACCAAAGAUUACUUCACCUGGCUUGCCUCUAACCCAGAGAUUGCUAACCAGGUUAGUGCAGAGGUGGUUACUAAACAUGAGGCACUGACUAUAGCAGAAAUAUUCUCCUACAUGACUCAUGAAUCUGCAAAGGAUGCCUUUUUUGAGUGCACGGCUACGAUUGAUGAUGUUGUGCAUGGCUCUGCUUGGUACUAUAUUGGAUGCAGUGAGUGCCAUGCUAAGGCUACCAAAGGCGCAACUUCAUUGAUUUGUACGAACACAAGAUGUGGGAAGGUUAACACAACUGGUGUUGCACAGUACCGUGCAAAGAUUUCAGUUUAUGACAACAGUGAACAAGCUUUUCUUGUCCUACUUGGUGAUGCUGGUCGUGAGUUGACUGGGAGACACGCAUCCGAGUUAGUUACCAACUACUUUGAGGCUAAUGAACACGAAGGAGCUGACCAUGAGGUGCCUGUCCCGGAAGCUCUAAUCAGCAUCAUCGGACAGACACAUAAGUUUUGUGUGAAAGUUACAGAUCACAACUUCUCAGGCAAUACCCGAGCUAUUACUGUCACCAAGAUCCUCUCUCUAGACACCCCACCACCCACAGAAGUCUCGGUUUAA